GAACACAUCUUGGAACUUUUUACCUCGUGGGAGGAAGAAUCACAUCUCUACAUGCAGACUGAUUUUUGUGAGAAUGGUUCGCUGGAUGUCUUUUUGCAAGAUGUUGGUCAGCAAUCUCGACUGGAUGAAUUUCGUGUUUGGAAGGUGUUGACGGAAUUGUGCCUUGGCGUGUCGUAUAUCCACGACGCUGGCUUUCUGCACCUCGACCUGAAGCCAGCCAAUAUCCUUGUUACGUUUGAAGGGGUCCUCAAGAUUGGCGAUUUUGGCAUGAGUUGUGCAUGGCCUGCACCGGCGCACACGGAACGUGAAGGGGAUCGUGAGUACAUUGCCCCCGAAGUCCUGAGUUCUGGCAUCUACGACAAACCCGUUGAUAUCUUCUCUCUGGGUCUCAUGAUCUUCGAAGUGGCUGCCAAUAUCGUCUUGCCGGAUAAUGGCACGAGUUGGCAAAAAUUGCGGUCGGGUGAUUUAUCGGAUGCGCCACGUUUGAGUAGUUCUGAUGAAGGUGCGUUGAUGAUUCAAGGUGAGCAUGUUGCACCGCAUCGGUAUUUGGGUCAAGGUGGGCUUGAUCGUGUUGUCAAGUGGAUGCUCUCGCCUGAUCCAUCAGAACGACCCACAGCCGUGGAAGUUCUCAAUGUCGAAGAAGUCGUUUGGGCGAAUCGUGUGCGCAAAGCAGGCGCCAUCAUCUUUGAAGGUGAUCGCGGACCG